CGCAAAGUUUGUUGAAAAUUUUGGAUUAGAAAAUGAUGCAAAUGGGUGUAGAGAGAGAAAAUGCAGAAAAUGGGUGAGGAGAGAGAAAGUAAAAAAAGAUAAAUGGUGGUUUGAUUUUUACUGUACAUCGUUUAGAGGGGGGGUGGUAGGGUGUGGUACCUACACUAGGGUCUAGUGUAUACCAAUUAGGUUCGAAGGCGUCCAACCCAUUGAAUCGCUCCCUCAACGUUCUCCAUUGUAGCGCACUCAACGUUCUCCAUUGAAGCGUUCUCCGUUGAAUCUAGUUCUUGUAUCCUCCAUUGAAGCAGCUUCUGAGAUAAGUUGUUUGUAUUUGUUAUCAUCAUAUCAAUUUCACAGUAAUUUAAUUGUCAGUGCAUUAAGUAAGUUUAGGGUUCGAAAAUCUGAAAUAUUUGUCCUAAAUUCUAAGAUUAUGAAACCAUCAUAACCAAAAGCAAAGAAAUUUAUGAGCCUAAUUUGAUUAUUGAAUCAAAUAUCCCUAAAAUUAUGAGAUAAUUGAAUAGAAUAUCCUAAAAUUUUGAGAUAAUUGAAUUGAAUAUCCUAAAAUUCUGAGAUAAUUGAAUUAAAUUUGGUUGCUAUUGUAUUGCACAACCCUUUAAUGUUAGUAUAAUGUUUGGGAGUAAGGAGCCUUUUGUAGGGGCAAUUGGGUGGUUUUUGUAUUGUAUUGUAUUGUAUAAUGCUAUUGUAUUGUAUAAUUAGUAUAAUUAUAUUGUAUUGUAUAAUGCUAUUGUAUAAUUAGUAUAAUGCUAUUGUAUUGCACAACCCUAAAAUUCGUUUUUGUUUGCAGGAACUCAUGGAUUUGGAGAAUCUGAUAGAGAAAUACAACAAUGUUUCUAGGGAAGAAGUGGAGAAGAUACUAGAAACUUCGCAAUACCCAACUUUCAGCAAAGACAUUUUUGAAUGUUCGGUAAAACAGCUCCAUAUGAGAAGGGAACGCGAGAAGGUUUAUGGUAGAGAAUCUAUUAUAACAGGACCCUUGGUUCAGGUACUUUCUGUCCAAGUUCUACCUGAUAUAAUAGAUCAAAACACACCACUCACUAUUUAUGGUAGAAUAUAUGCUGAAUUUUUUGAUACAACUUCUGGAGAAAAGAUUGUCCAUGAUCUCUACAACCGUAAGUGUGACAAUGCUCAACUUCUUGGACCAAGUGGCACCUUAACACUCAUCAGCCCAGAUUGUUUGUCUUCACCAUUGGACAUUUGCAUGUCAAUUCCCAAUACUAGGGUUGUAGUAGAUGUUUGUGCAGGAGGUAAGAAACUAUUUGCUGAGCACAUUUGUUGUGACGAGGAUAUCACUGACUUUGGACAAGUAAAACUAGUAUAUGUUCAUGAUGAGCUUGGUGCCCGUGCCCUUUCGAUGCGUUAUAUUUCCAUGCCGUUUGCUGUUUAUGGUCGUGUGAGAAUUCUGUUUACUCCUAAACAGAGCAAUAAAUUAGAUGAAGAAAAUCAUCCUUAUCUUAAUGUCAAAGGUAAAAUUGUUGCUCGGUUUGGCAAUUUUUUUGGGAGCCACGCUUUAGAAGAGUAUACUCUUUUUGAAAAGCAAUCUAAUGAAUUCGAACGAGUGGAUAUUGGUCCGAGAAAAAGAUUGAGAGGCAUGAGACUUUCUAGAGGUUGGGUUGGUGUGCCACCGUAUUCGCCCUUUAUUCUUGAUUUGGACUUGUCAGAAUUCGGAACAGAACGUAGGAUUCUUAAAGAAACGGUAGAAUUGCGAGUCGAAAAUGGACUGGUGUCUGAGGAUAUGUUUAUUGUAGAUGACAUGCUUAUCACUGUUCGUGUGGGAUGGCACUCACCUAGGCCACAAGGAAGAUGCACUGGUAUCGAGCUUGGGGACAAGUCCUUCAGUGAUGAAAUAUCUCCACAAGAAACUACCAAAAGAGAGAGUGAUGAACAAAUGAUUGAGGCUUUUGUUCAUGAAGAGUCAUCAAACAUCAGGCUCCCUUGGUUUUUGCGCGCACACAAGAACAUGCCUUUUGCAUCUCCUGUCGUAGAGAUAUUUACUGUUUUCAUAGGCCGAGAAAAUUUUGAAGCUAUGCAAAUUUAUGGCCUUAUUGAACUAUCAUCUCCUGUUUGUACUUUCCAAGUCUUCAAAAGAGAAGCAAAGCAUGCUUUUACACUAUCGGAACAUAGGACUACUUUACCCGUGUUAGAUGGUUCGUGUGUGUAUGAUGAUUGUGAGUCUUUAGAAAUGAAAAUUGAUCUUAAGGAUGUUGAAAAUCGUUUCCACAUUAGAGGCUGUGUGGAAUGGGAUUGGAAAUCCCGUGACUAUAGCUCUCUAUGCCUUGGCAAUCAAUUAUCAUCAGUUGUUCUUGGUAAUAAGUGUUUUGUAGCUCUACAUUACAGUGUCUUUUCAGAAGCUGUACAAGCAAAUAUUGGUGUCUCAUAUAUAUCGAAGAAUGGGCAUGUCGAUCUUCAUCCAAAGGUGUAUGGAAGUCUUAUCGCUGAAUACAACAAUUAUGACUAUACAUCCCGCUACAAAAAAGAUUACUAUCGGGUUGUGCUUUUUCAGAGGAAUCAAGAAGAUUCGACACAAAUAGGGAAUAGUGGGAUGAUAGCCUUAUCUAGGUCAGUGGUUGUUGUUCCACUAAAAUCCUCUCUGGUGAUUGAAGCAAAUUUAUGGAAUGGAAAUUCUGACAAAGUCUUGUCGUCCUCUACUGAAUUCCAAAUCGGGGCAUCAAGUGAUUCCAUGACAAUAGAGGGAGAUGAUUAUUCUAUCAAUAUUAAUGUGAAAUGGGGUGAAGUUAGUAGUAAUUAAAUGUCUGUUUCUGGUUUAGCUUAUUUUGUAUUUAUUUAUCUAUGACGCUGCCGUUGGGCUUUUGUAAGAUACUUUCACCUUCGGCUGGAGCCACUUAAUAUUAUAGCUCAGUUUCUGUGUUAAAA